GUAUCCCCGGAAGUGGGUUGACGGCGCUAAGAAGCUUCCGUUAGCGAGGUAGCUUCACGUCUAACUUCACUCACAGACCCCUGAAAAGGAACCUCCACACGAAGACAGUCGUUUAUUAUCCGACUUUCCACUUGUUAGAUGCCUAAUGUCAAUCCAGAUAUAUCUUCUCCACCUCUGAGUGGAAAAGUAGAAGAGCCCCAUCACCUACAGGAGCUUGUCUGUAAUCAGGCCGCCAUAGAGGGGCAGGCGAUAAGUUCGUCUGCAUUGGCCUGCACUGAGCCUAAUUCAGAAGAUGCCUCUUCUCAGACUGUGCUUCCCACACAGCAUGAGUUGGAGGGUGUCCAGAUGGUGGAGGUGAACCACGAUGAGCAAGGCUCGGGGGAUGAUGCCCGACAACGUGCUCACGGGAGAAGUAAAGAAGAGGUCAUCAGAGAGAUAAGCCUCAGCAGCGCUGCCUUCAUCGGUCCGCCGUGUCGCCCGCGGUCCGCGAUAGACGAGGAGCUUAGCGAGUUCUAUAAAGAGCUUAAGCAGAUCGACCACCAAGACACUGUUGAUGGAAAGAGAGGAAUCAAUGAAGAUCCGUCUCAGCCCAGCGUGCCCAUGGCCGACCCAGCUCCUGGAAAAGCGAGCAGGGGAGCUGACCUCAAAAAGGCCCACAGGCCUUACUCGCCUCCUCGCAGUCAUGGCUGGCAUCGAAAGGACUAUGGAAACUCUAGGAGAUGGAGGCCUCAAUCACACAAUAAUAUGACAUGGGAUAGCUCAUAUGCAUACAGCUUCCAAGGUCAGUGGCAGCAGGCCCCACCUAGACCCCUACAGGACCCGCAAAAAUUCCAGUUUCAGGAACCACAGCGGUUCUUUCCACCCCCGCCGUCUGGGAAUCCUGUGCACCAUCUAUACUUUGAGCCUAAGUUCAAUGACUAUGAGCAUUCUGAGAGUAGCAGCUGGGGCUCCUGGGAAGAGACCCAGUUACCAGUUGCUUAUCAUUUGGGACUUAGUUCAUCUAACCAGCCAGGGGCAUAUGAAUGGCAUGAAAGAAACUCCUAUGAUUGGCAGCCAUAUGAGGAACAAUAUUACCAUGAAGAGAAUCGUUAUCAACAUAAUGAUGAAGCUUUUGUAUUGAUUCUGAUGAGAGGACUUCCAGGAUCUGGGAAAUCAACCCUGGCAAAGGAAAUUCUGUCCACUGGUUCCACUGGACUGAUACUGAGUACAGAUGACUACUUCUUUCAAGAGAACGGCUACUUCUUUGACCCCACUGUUCUUGGAGAUGCCCAUGACUGGAAUCAGAAGAGAGCUAGAGAGGCCAUGUUGGAAGGCCGUUCACCUGUUAUUAUUGACAACACAAAUGUGCAGGCUUGGGAAAUGAAGCCAUAUGUUGCAAUGGCUUUAGAGAUGGGCUAUAGAGUGGAGUUUGUUGAGCCUGACACCAGUUGGAAAUGUGAUCCAGACCAGUUGGAAAGGCGGACUAAGCAUGGGGUUCCACGGGAGACUAUCCAGAAGAUGCUGAGUCUAUUUGAACUCCCUAUGACUGUGGACAUUGUGAUGAACUCCUGUGAGUCUCCUCAUAAAUGCAGAGGGCACCUUUCCAAGCAACAUGUACAGAAAAAAUCUGAUGACAUGUACACUUUUGUUACUUGAAGAUGUGAAUUUUUUUUCUGACUUGUAAAACAUUUUUAAUAUUGUCAUGUAAGUGUUUAUAAAAUUUUAAGAGUUCUGGUGAAUGCUUUUUGAUAUUCAGAUUUGUAUGUCUCUUUGUGUAGUCUUUGUUUUGUUAGGUUUAGCAUUAUGAAUAUUCCAUGAGCAGAGUGCCCAACAACAACAAAUGGAUGUGAUCAUUGAAGUAAUUGUGAAAUUGUUAAUAUUGAUAAAUUGGACAUCUGUAAAGCAAUAGAAAGUCUAUAAGGAAGAGGUCUAGUUUUUGUAAUAUUUUUUUUUAUUAAAAAAAUUUUGGGGUUUUAUUUUUCAAUCAGCUAGAAUUUCAGGAGCAAGGUGUUCCUUUUAAAAGACUCUGUGGACGUGCCUUUCCCCUGUUAAAUAAAACCAUUUUUAGAUGGA